GACAGGCAUCCGGAAUUAGUUUGGUUGGGCAUUACAGCCGCUGGAAUCCAGCUCUUUUCAAAGGAUCAUCUCGACCGGGCUCGGUACACCUUCCCCUGGAACAUCAUUAAAAACGUCUCCUACAGAGAACGCAAGGUAAUUCACACGAAAACCAACUAG